CGGGAUGCCGGAGGGGCGGGCAAUUUGGGAUCGACUGUGACUCGCGACUGGUCGGCGCUGCGAGAGCAGAGCGGCGCUCGGAUUCCUUGGCUCCCGAGGGCUAUGGCGCGGGGUGGCUGGCGCCGCCUGCGCCGCCUGUUAUCCGCGGGGCAGCUUCUAUUCCAGGGCCGCGCGCUGCUCGUCACCAACACGCUGGGCUGCGGCGCGCUCAUGGCGGCCGGUGAUGGCAUGCGCCAGUCAUGGGAGAUCCGUGCCCGGCCCGGCCAGGUUUUCGACCCGCGGCGCUCCGCGAGCAUGUUUGCGGUGGGCUGCAGCAUGGGUCCCUUCCUGCACUACUGGUACUUGUCGCUGGACCGUCUAUUCCCUGCGUCUGGCCUCCGAGGCUUCCCAAAUGUCCUCAAGAAGGUCCUCGUGGAUCAGCUGGUAGCCUCUCCCUUGCUGGGCGUCUGGUACUUCUUGGGCCUUGGCUGCCUGGAGGGUCAGACAGUGGGUGAGAGCUGCCAGGAGCUGCGGGAGAAGUUCUGGGAAUUCUACAAGGCAGACUGGUGCGUGUGGCCUGCUGCACAGUUCGUGAACUUCCUCUUCGUGCCCCCCCAAUUUCGAGUCACCUACAUCAACGGCCUGACGCUGGGCUGGGACACAUACCUGUCGUACUUGAAGUACCGGAGCCCAGUUCCUCUGACAUCCCCAGGCUGUGUGGCCCUGGACACUCGAGCAGACUGAACUGUCCACCUCCGGGACCAGAUGCAAGACUGACUCCUGGCAGACCACCCCCUCUACCAGAAGGGGAAUGGGCUCCUGCAGCGAGCUCGGGUCCUGGGCCACGUCCCAGCGCCACUCCAGCUCCCGGGCAUUGGGCUGAGCCGCCCUUCCCAAGUGCACUUCUGGGACUCAGUUUCCCCAACUGGAACACACCCGUGAAGAUGGAUGAUCAUCCCCUAGCCCUUCUCAGCAGGAACCUCAUACGACCUGUGACCAAGAUGUCCCACUUGGGACUCAGCACGGGGCUCACCCUGCCAACCAGUCCCAAGCCCCAACCCCUCAACACUGCCGUCCACCUGGCUCUGGGCCAAGCCACCGAUCCAGAGCUCCCUCAGGUCCUGGGACCAAGGCAGGGAUGUGGCCAAUCCCCUCAGAGCAGGCUCAGGCCUGGAGUCGGCCCCCAAAAGUUUCAGGCAGGGCCGGGCAGCCUCUGUGUUUCCUUCCCUGGUUGUGAACUGUGGAAAUGCCAUUAAUUUAUCUCUGUAAUGUAAUUGAAACUGCUGGCUGGGCGCAGUGGCUCACACCUGUAAUCUCAGCCCUUCUCAAGGCUGAGGUGGAAGGAUUGCUUGAGGCCAGGUGUUCGAGACCAGCCUGGGCAACAUAGCAAGACCCUGUCUCUAUUUAUAUUGAAAAAUAAAAAUAACAAAAGAAAA